AGGGGGGACGCGGGGGCGCGCUUUCCGUGUCUGGUUAGUGGACUGACAGCCAGCUGUGCGGCUACAACGUCAACAACAACCUCCUGGAUUUGCUACACACAACUAGAAUAGUGUUGGUCUGCUACUGAUCAUAAUCGUACACUAUAGCUAGUUUUUGAAGUGAGUACUCGACAGCACACAGCUACAACCAGUAUCAUCGGCGGUUUCCGUGCUAACUAGCUAGAAGAGCAUUCCUCCAACAUGAAUCCGUUGUGUAGCAGAUGUAAUCUAGUCGUUUACCCCACGGAAAAAGUGAAUUGUCUGGACAAGUACUGGCAUAAAGGAUGCUUCAGCUGCGAGGUCUGCAAAAUGACUCUAAACAUGAAGAAUUACAAAGGCUUUGAGAAGAGACCAUACUGCAAUGCACACUACCCCAAGACAAACUUCACCUGUGUGGCUGACACUCCAGAGAACCUCCGCCUCAAACAGCAGAGCAAGAUGCAGAGCCAGGUUCUCUACAGGGAGGAUUUUGAGAAGAAUAAAGGCAAAGGUUUCAGCGUGGUUGCAGACACGCCAGAGUUGCAGAGAAUUAAGAAAACGCAGGACCAAAUCAGCAAUAUUAAGUACCAUGAGGAGUUUGAGAAGAAGAAGACAGGAGGAGAGGCCCCAUAUCAUCCGCCGAGCAACCCCAGCCCAGGUUUCCAGGCAUCUGCAGCCUCUCAGAACUUCCACUAUGAGCCCACUCCUGAACCAGUGCGCCAGGCAGCCGCCGCCCCACCUCCCAGUGCUGGGAAGCGGUACAGGGCAGUGUAUGACUACUCUGCUGCUGAUGAGGACGAGGUGUCCUUCGUGGACGGAGAUAUGAUCCUAGACGUGCAACAGAUCGACGAGGGCUGGAUGUACGGCCGCGUGGAGCGCACCGGCCAGCAGGGCAUGCUGCCUGCCAACUACGUGGAGGCCAUCUGAGUGAGAGGGAAAUAAAAAGAGGGAGAAAAAAGGAGGAGGAGGUGGAGAAAGGGAGGGAAAGGAAAAGCCCAGUGCCAUCUCAUCUUAACGCCGCUUUCUCUUAAUUUUAGUAUUGUUCCCUAACCUGUCCUGUGAGACCCUAAACCCCCCAUCCCUGCUCUGCUCUCACUGCGCUCCACCUCAGAUGCCCUUUACCUAUCUGUCUGUCUGUCCUUCUCUGUCUGUCUGCCUGCCUCUCUGUCAGUCUGUCUGUGCUGAUGUCUUUCUCUGUUUGGAUGUUCGUCAUCCUCUUUAUCUUUUCCCAAUCCUGGCUUCACUCUCAAGUGCUGUCACAAGUGGAAAUCAAAAGUCUUAAAAGAUAAACUCGCCGUUCAUCACAGUAUGUCAGGGGUCAUGCCGUGUCACACAGCUCCAUCCUAGCUAUAGCACUUAACAAUCCUGACACAACAUCAUGCAAAACAAAGAAGAAAAAAUGUUUAAAAAAGCCCCUUUUCACCGCAAGUCAGUCAACAUAGCUGCCGACGUUCUUCUGUGGAGAAAAUAAGUUUGAAGUGUGGGUGGGUGUGGCAUUUUCAUUCACAUUCCUGUUAGGGUUUGUUUUUCCUUUCUUUAAUUUUACAGUGUGAUCUUGGCCAGACUGGAAACGCAGUGUAGAAUCUCAGUCUAUCAAAACUAAGCUUGAAUAUUUUUGACUUGUGUACAUUCCUUUAACCUCUAACCUUGUUGCUGUUGCACCAAUCAGCCAGUUAUCGUCUCAGCAGAGAGGUUUUUAAUACAUUUCUAGAUGGACACACAUCUCGCUAUUGUGUGCUCAAGAAGGCACCCUCGUGUUUAGCACUGCAUUGUGGGUAUUGUGAAACUGGAAUCGUAGCCUAACUGAAGAGCACCUCCUGUCGUUGCCUUACUCGGGCAUGUCAGAUACAGGAGGGAUCAGGGACAAGUUAGGGGACAUUAUCAGUCCAUCUCUUGCAGCCACACUGAAUACAUCACCUCAGUUGGUGCGGAUGUACAGUAUAUACACCCUUAUUCCUGUUUUUUGCAGCCUGACUGCCUUCAGUCCUGAGAGAAUCACAAAGUUAUGGUGAACAAGGUUAAACUGUUUGGAGAAAGGAGAUGGGAACAGGUCAAGUCCUUCCCCUUUUGCUACAAAAUCGCUAUCAAAGAAAACACGUUCAUAAAAGAGAAGGCCAAGCACAACUCUAUAUUGUGAAUCUUUUUUAUUUUAAUUUUUUUCUGUUUUUGUGAGUGAACAUUCCAGUCUUUUUUCCAUUUAAUGUGAGAGAAAUUAUUGAAUCCUUGGCUGUGGUAAAUGUCGUCGUUUUUCUCAUGCUGUUAUUCUUUUGCCUUUCUUGUUAUUGUAAGAUGCUUAUUUUCAACCAAAAAAUUAAUUGUAUUAAAUAAAUAAACCAGCAACUCAAUUUAUGAACCAAGGCAGAAGAGUCUAUCUAGACUUGUGCAGUCGCAGUAUUAGAUCAGUUGUGGGAUUAAUCUGAAACCUGCAGUUCAGGUCAGAACAAUGCUGAGAAAUCAGCUGAAUGUUCGCACGUUCAAGCCUGUUUCUGAUCAGUGGAUCUCUCUUAUGUAGUUUAAUAUUCUGGUGCGUCUAAUAAAGUAAUGUUAUAGAAUGGCAUUUAAAAUAUACAUGAAAGAAAGAUUUAUUUUAUGCUCUGGUCGUGAAAGCAUCCACAGAGGCAGGCCUGUGACCUGUAUGUCAGGUCCGAGCACUGAUGCAAGACAGGAAGCUUUUUUUGUCCAUCUGGCAGGUGAAUCCCAAAAUUGUCAACUAUUUUUGAUAUUUGACCAAUUGAAUCAGCCAAAUGUUACCAACAUUUUGGUUGAUGGUGGUCACUAAGAUGUAAAGAAGGUUGGUUCAUAAACACAAAAUCAAGCAUUUACGUUGCAGGCUUUUACACAGAAAUGAUGCAUCAUCCCUUCACUCUGGAUACUGUAUUUCUCUGAGGACCUUAUUAGAUUUUAAACAUGACAUUUGACCAUUUUUCAGUGGUGUAAAUAAUCUCAUUGGCUCCUGACCAUACAUACUUCUUCCCCUUGCUGUUUCAUUCUCCUGUGAUGCACUGUGACUUGUCACAGACAUGAGCGAUCAGGGCGGUGUGUUUUUAGAUGCGGUGGGGGGGUGGGGCCGAAAAAUGUUCAUCUUUAUUAAAAGAAACAAGGCUCUCACUAUGUAGCUAGAUGACAUUGUACAAUUGUAUAUGUAUAAUUAAGGUAAGUUAGGGAAUAUGUUUUUACAGGUCAUGGUGCUCUGGGAAGUGGCUUGCCUGCAGAUAAAAGUGGUUCAUAUUUUUUUUUGUGAAUGUGGAAGAGGGGAAGUCAUGUGAUUUGAAAAGUCGACUCAUGGAAAAAUCCAGUUGGUGCAAGUUGGUGUUGAACAUAAAUAAAAUUUAGCAACUUCCUAAUGUGAUGAAUUUUUACAGUGCUGAUGAAGAUGAUCACUGAAUCAGGAAAAAACACCUCAAACUGGUUUGUAGGUUACCAAACAAAAUGAACACACUGUAUGUACACCUGUAUUUUGCAUUAACCUCUACUUGAAAACAGGACAAGUUUAUUUGCAAAACAGAUGCUAGAUCGGAAAGCUGUUUUAGAGCUCACGGUUGAUUCUCUUGGGUGAACUGAAGAGUUGAUUGUUUGGCUUGAAGUGAAAUGAUUGUUGUUCCUGGCUUAUGAUGAUGUUUGCUCAGAUUUAAUUUAAUAACAAAGCUACUCACACUAGUAGCCUCCAUUACUCUGCGGAUUACAUCCAAUUCAAACUUUCUUUUGUCUCGCAGGCGUUGAUUUUGUCAGUUGGUGUUCUGGAUGAAAUGGAAAAGUGGCCAAAGACAGCCAGUGUUGUGUAAGUGUUGCUCAGGAUGGAUUUGUUAAGGCAAAGUCAAAUUUGAGCGUGUGAUGAUGUAAGUGUGCGAGGCUGGGGGCGACAGAGGGCGGUGAUCUGAUGCUCUCAAUCUCCCAGGCUGUGAGGCAGGGCAAGUUGUUUGUCUGACCUGGAUAUUAACCUCAGUUCAGUUCAGUUAACCUCUUUGCACCAAAUACUGCUCUUCUGCUCUGGCAUCACUCAUCUACUGAACCGUCUUAUCAUAACCCUGUUUCCAUUCAGUUUCUGUCUAGUAUCCUGUCCACCAGUCUGCUGAGAUCCCUCUUUCCUUCAGCCUUUAUUGUAGGCUCCUGCGCUUCUGAUGAAUCAUUCCCUGCUUCUAUGAUACUGGUUAUAUACUGUAGACUUUGCAGAGUGAAAUCAUGUAAUCCACAAUCGGGUUUAGCAUUCAGACCAGUUUUGUGCAUUGCAUCUUAAAUUGUUUUGUUUUUGAUAUUAUUUUGUUAUUUUUUAAAUAAAAAAAUAAAGAUACCAUAUGCAUAUUGACAUACACAUGUAUUCAAAACUCAUUCUGAAUACAUACUCAGAAUUAAGGACCUGAUAUCAUCUCCUGUUGCCCUGUUACAGCACUUCAAAUUGUACUUAUGAUUCUGCAGAUUCAAUAAAAUGUCAUUUUUUCUCA